UGUUUCAUCCAACUUCCCAAAGCUCUCUUUUCAAACUCUAAAAUAUGUCCAUGAAAAGCGUCGUAUUAGGAUUCGGAGGGAGAUGCGCUCCCUCGGAUGGCUUUUUUGCCAUGAUGCGGAGAAAUAUUGAACAAGCUUCAGUCUGACUUCAAUCCACUCACAAGUGAGUUGGACUGAUUUGCUUUUAAAAAUUCUCUAAAAAGCCUUACAAAGUUUCUAACUGACGGAAAUUACAUAAUAUAUCCUUUUCUUCGGAACCACAAUGCAUUGACAAAUCAAGUUCGAUUUCCUGCGUUUUCAAAGUCAUCCUCCCAGGAUUCAAAGUUUAUUGAAACUAGAGAGCUCGUUUAAAGCUUUGAGCGUGAGUGACAUACCUUCGCUUAUCGAACUAUAUAUACUGUAUGUACACGAGUAGAUGGAUGGCGGAGAAGCCCUCCUGAUUCAUCAGAUGACAAUGAUGCUUUGACACAAGUGGUUUUGAAAAUCCCUCUCUCCAUAACAAUAGCCUGCUGGAAGCUGGAUAGGUGUUCUCCUUGCGUCAUACUGAAGUGGAAUUGUGUUUAUACUAUGGUCACAGGAUGAGUGUGUCCAAAAGUGUUUGGAGAAUAGCAUCACCACUGGUUCUCAUUGUACUCUUGGAUGCCGUCCAAUCCUUGGAUGUGGAAUGCGGCUAUGAGAGUCAACGGAACAUGGUGUCCUGUCGGUGUUUGGGGAAUGCACAAAGUGCGGGUUUUGAAGAUUUGAGUGACGUGGUCAAUGAUUAUGUGCGGGACCGGUUCUCGAACCUGGUCUUUCAUCAUGUGCAACUCCGGGAUUGUGACCGUGUUAUGAUCACACUCAACUUGAGAACGUUUUCCAUUGAAGGUCGUUACUUCAACAUAUCAUAUGUGAGUUUCAACAAGAUCCAAAACCUUGAUCUCUACAUCGAAAACAUUGACUAUGGAUACACCAACUUUGUGUUCGAGGAUGUCCGUCGUCUCAAGUUGUCCGGACGUUUGGACAAUCCAUCCACAUCAGUCCAGAUAUGGAGUCGAGAUUCUAACUAUGGAAUCGAUAGAAGCGACAUUCUGUUUCAAGAUUUUCUCGCCAGGUCCAGAAUUGAACUUAUCAACAUUCAAGAUGCGAACUCCGUUCGUGUUGUUGACUCGGCCUUUGAGAACCUUAGAAAAGCAGAGGUCAUUCGAACUGAUCGUUGCCAUGUUGGUCUUACAACUCUUACUGAGGUUGAUUGUUCCAACAUGGACGCGCUAUUUGUCUCCACUGUCCCUUACACAUCUUCAAAUGCCGUCCUUACACAUCCGGCCUUUAUCAUCGUUCUAGUCCUGAUAGUCAUAGCUGUUCUGGUUGGAAUUGCCGCUCUUAUUUAUGCCAAACAAUGGAAGAAGAAGAAAGAAUUGGAGCUCCUCGGCUUCCCGCCCCCUUCAUCCACCAUGUCAAGAGCCACGCCUCCAGCUUCAUCAGCCAGAUUGAGUAAUCGACAAUUCACUGUGCGCUCAUAAAACCCCAUUUUACUUGUG